CAGCUUGGGGAGGAGCCACCCAGAUUCUGCUUUUAACAAUCUGCAGACCUUCUCCUGUUAUUCCAUCUUAGCAGAUCGCAGCAACCAGAGGCAGCCAAAACCUAGCCAUCCCAUUCAUCAAAAGCCUUCUGGACAGCAAGAGAGAGGAACUUCAGACACUUCCAAGAUGUUCAAAGGGGUGGGCAAAGGCUCACCAAGCAGAAGCUCCCCAAACAGAGGUUCCCCGACCAAGCAAGUCAAGUCCUCGGGGAGCAAUGACUUGGCCGUGCUCAUUUCCCGAAUGCAAAGAAGUGCUGACCAGGUGGAAAAGAACAUUCUUGAAACACAGAGCAAACUGAAGCAGGAUGCUGGUAACUCCCAGCAAAACAAGUCUUUUGAGUUCCAGCAGGAGAAUGCCAGAAGUCUGAAAGAAGCAGAGACCCUACUGAAAGAUCUUUUCCUAGAUGUGGACAAAGCCAAGCGUCUGAAGCACCCACAAGCCUUGGAAAUUGAAAAAGACAUCAAGCAACUCCAUGAGCGAGUGACACGCCAGUGCACUGAAUAUCGGGAUCUGUACGAGAAGUUUACGCUUCCUGAAACAGCGUCCAAAGUCGACUGGCCAAAAAUUCUUGAGCAAAAGCAGAAACAAGUCAAUGCCGGGAAAUAUGGACCUACCUUGCCAGAGCUGGAGAAACAGAUAGCUGAGCAUAACAUUCUUCAGAAGGAGAUAGAAGCAUAUGGCCUCCAGAUUAAGAACCUCCGUGGUCAGGAAGCAGCUGGUUUAAAGGAUAAAUACAAGGAAUUGCUGAAAGCUUCUAUCUGGCGAGGCCAGAGCUUAGGCAGCCUCUACACACACCUUCAAGGCUGCACUAAAGAGCUGGGUUACCUGACUGAGCAGCAAAAUAAGAUCUUGAAGCAGGACUGGAGUGACCAGAUGAUCGAUCCUCAGAUGCUGCGGCGGGAGUAUGAGGAUUUCAAGAAUAAUGAGCUCCUUAACCAGGAAGAAUAUGUGAAUACUCUUCAGGACGAUGGGGAAAGGAUGAUUGAACUGAAGCACCCAGCUGUGAGCCCAAUCCAGGCUCAUCAAGAAGCCUUGAAGAGUGAAUGGCAGAAUUUUCUCAAUUUGUGCAUCUGCCAGGAGCAUCAUUUGAAAAAUAUAGAGAACUAUAGAAAGUUCUAUGACGACGCUGACGCUGUGAGUCAGUCGCUGAACAAGCUGAACAGUGACUUGGAUACAAAAUAUAGGCAGUUCAGCAAAGACAGUCCAGGUUUGAUGUCUGACUUAAUCCUUCAGCUGGAGCAUGAUGAGAAGACUGUGAAACAUGCAGAGAAGAGCAUUACUGAACUGAAAAGGAGGAGUAAGGAAAUCAGUCCCUUGAAACUGCGUAGGGUCCCUCCCUCCCAGUCAGUUACAUUGGAUACCAUUUGUGACUGGGAUUUAGGUGAGGUGCAGCUUGAGAGGGGUGAGAAAUAUACUUUGAAUGAUAACAGCAGCCAGGAGAACUGGGUGGUACAGAAUAAACACAGAGAGACUAAGAUAGCGCCUGCUGUUUGCUUCUCCAUCCCACCUCCAGACCUCGAAGCCAUAGACAGAGUGAAUAGGUUGGAAGGUGAGCUGAAUACAGUAAAGCAGAAGAGAGCUACAGUCCAGAACACACUAAGGAGCAACCAGAAAGCACCUGUUAAAGCAAGCAAUCAGGCUCCAAUCCGGACCUCCAUUGUGUUCCAGGAUGACCCCCAAGCUGACCAGUUGCUCCAUAAGCUGGAGAAAAUUGAUGGUGACCUGGGCCAGGUCAAGAAGGAGACUUAUGGCCGUCUGAGGACACCACUGAACCACAGUGACCCUAUAGAGGACCUUACUCUACGGAUCAGAGACCAUGAAGCAACAACAAGAAGACUUAAAGGUAUAGGAACAGAGAAAGAGGCUGCUCAGAAAGAGUGUGAGACCUAUCUUUCAAAGAAGACUGCUGGCACCACUGCUUCUCAGCUUCCUGUGAUGCUCAACAACAUCAAGAACAAAUACAGUGAUGUCAAGGUGCUCUCAAGGCUCUAUGAGGAAAAAGCCAAAGCAGGUGUGAAUUUGGAGACUCAGAUAGAAAAUACAGACAAGAUCAUCAGCAACUUUGAGGCCAAAUUAUCUCAUGAUGGCACCAUACCAGCCUCACCCAAUGCAUUGCAGGAUCGCGCCAAUGAACUUCAGAAACUGAAGCGAGAGUUAGUGAAGCAGGAGGACUGUUUGCUGAAGUUAAACCGGAGUCUCAAGGAUGCAGAGCAUUGCUGCAGCGCUGUGCAGAACAAUUUCCAGGAGUACUGCCCAGAUCUGCCAAGGCAGAAGAAGGAAGUCCAGCUCCUUAAUGACCGAUAUCAUGCUGUUGCUGACCAGCUGGAUCAUAGAGAGAAGACACUCAGGAACACCAGCCUCACCUACCAACAGUUCCAAAAUGCCAAUGAGAAUUUGAUGUUCUGGCUCAACAAUUUGCCCAAGUACCAGGUCAAGACCACUGAUGGUCCCAGCCAGAUCAAUUACAAACUCCAGGCACAGAAGAGGCUGGCAAAUGAAAUCCAGAGUAAAGAAUCUGACAAGAAUUCAGUGGUCAACUUGUCUCAGAAUGUGCAGUCUGUUCUUAAUGAUUAUGAACUCCAGGCAGGAAAAUAUCGGUCCUCUCUAGAUCCCAGUUUGACUGCCUCCUCUGCAAAACGCCUCCGGGUGACCCCUCUUCAAGAGAGCAUCCAAGCUGAGGAAAACAAUGUGACCAAGCUCUUUACAGAAUCCGCUGCUGAAAACAAAGAGCAGCUCAGCCGGCUGGAAUUUGCAAAGAAAGUCCUGGAUAAGAAAGAAGUAAAUGAAGCAGUGCAAGUGACAUAUGAGCAGAAACAACAGUCCCAAAACAUGGGUAGGUCACAGAGAGAAGCAGACACCGUGAAAUCUCAACUGGAAGAGGAACGGAGGAAGAAGGUCAGGGUUCAGGAGGAAAUGGAAGUUCUGAGGCGUAAACUUCUGGUGCUAAAGACUCAACGGCCAAUUGAAAGAGUAGAAGAGAAAGAAGUGAUUGAGUAUUACAGAAAUCCAGCUCUGGAAAGUGAUCUCUCUAAAAUAUCUCGUCAAAUUGAGGAUGAAAAGAAUAAAAGAAAGGACCUACUGAAAAAUGUUCAGAUAAUGAGCAGCAAGGUCCUUGAAAUGGAGAACGACAGGAAGACUGUGAAAAGCCAGCUUCUUACAAAAGAAAUUACUAAAAUAGAGAAAGAUCCAAGCCUAGAUGCUGAAGCAGCCAGACUCCAUGAAGAAAUCAAGCGCCUCCGUGAGAAUUCAGGUUCCAUCUCUGAACUUGAACAGCUAAGGAAAGAGCUUCACUUGUUGGAACAGAAGAAGCCAAAUAUCAGAGAGAAAGUGGUGGUAAAAGAGGUGGUCAAGCUGGAGAAGGCCCCAGAGGUGGUCAAAGCCAUCAGAACACUGCAAAUGCAAAUUGAUGAGGACAGUUUCAAGAGAAAGUCACUUGUGGAUACAAUAGGAAAAGUGAAAAGCAGAAUUGAAGAGCUUGAGAAGCUGAUUGAAAGAGCAGAACCAAAAGUUAUUGUGAAAGAGGUCAAACAAGUGGAGCAAGACCCAGAGCUGCUGAAAGAAUCUUCCAAACUCCAAACUCUAAUUGACGAGGAGAGGAACAAGAAUACAUCGCAAGCAAGUGAGCUGACAGAACUGCAAAACACAUACAGCACUCUAGAGAAGCAAAAGCCGAAGGUGGAAAUUAAGGAAAGGGUUAAUGAAAUCUUUCAUAUUGACCCUGAAACUGAAGAGGAGAUUGUACGUUUGAAGAAAGAACUCCAAGAAGUUACAAGAAGAAGGACAAGGGUUGAGCAGGAAGUUGGGAGUGCCUUAAAUGAGCUGAAAGUUCUGAGGUCACAGGCACCUACAGUGGAGUUUCAAGAGGUCAUCCAAGAGGUGGUGAAGAUGGAGAAAAGCCCAGAGAUUCUAAGAGAAAUAGGUCGGCUGAAGCAACAGCUGAAUGACCUUGUGAAUAUAAAUGGCAGGUCCCAAGAACAGCUGAUUAGGCUGCAGGGAGAAAGGGAUGAGUGGAAGAGAGAAAGAUCCAAAGUUGAAACCAAGCUAGUGACCAGGGAGGUUGUGCGAUAUGAGAAUGACCCUCUGCUAGAAAGAGAAGCUGAACGACUCUGCCAAGAAGUACGCAAUGCAUCGCAAAAAAGGAGAGCAACAGAAGAUGCCAUCUAUGACCUCCAGAAUAAGUAUAUGCUCCUGGAAAGGAGAAAGCCUGAGGAAAAAGUGGUAGUCCAGGAAGUUGUCCUUACACAGAGGGACCCAAAGCUCAGGGAUGAGCAUAGCAGGCUCAGCAAGAGCUUAGAUGAUGAAGUCAGCAACCGCCGACGCUUGGAACGUGAAGUUCAACAGCUUCGGGCAGCAGUUGAAGAGAAAGAGAGAUUGCUUACCUUCCAAGAUGACAGAAAUAAAAGACUUACUUUGGAAAAAGAAAUGCGUCAAAUCACCUUGAGGAUAAAGGAAAUUGAGGAAAGCCCCGCCCCAGUUCAAGAAAAAAUAAUCACAGAAGAAGUGGUCAAGGUUGAGAAAGAUCCUGUUCUUGAGCAGUCCAGUACACACCUCCGAAUUGACCUGGAUAAUGAGAAGGCUCAAGUGUUGAGCCUACAGAGGGAAUGCAAGAAUCUUCAAAACCAAAUAGAUGUUUUACAGAAAACAAAGUCCCAGGAAAAAACUAUCUACAAGGAAGUAAUCAGAGUAGAAAAGGACAAAGUACUGGAAAAUGAGCGAGCACGUCUCUGGGAUCUGCUCAGCAGGGAGCGAAUUGCCCGGCAAAAUGCAGAAGAAGAUAUUAGGCGUCUCAAAGAAAAAACAGAGAGAGCAGAAGGCAUGAAGAAGACCUGGUGCAAAGAAGAAGCCGAGCUUCAGCAAACUCGGAAUGUGGCAAUACAAGAAAUUGCUAAUCUCGAGGAAGAGUUGGGAGAACUGGAAAGACAGCAACAACAGAAAAUCCUUUUCCUCAGAGAGCAAUCCAAGCUGCUGAGCCAAAGGACAGAGAAUGACCGACUAAAGAAGAUGCAACUUGUCAGCGAGCUUUCUCACCUUGAAUCGGACAUACUUAAGGAGAAGGAUCAGAUUUAUGAAAAAGAGAGGGCUAUCCGAGAGCUCCAAAGCAGAGUAAAUAAGGAAGAACUGAACCAUGAGACUCAGAUGAGAGAAACAAAUCUCUCCACCAAGAUCUCUAUUCUGGACCCAGAGACAGGCAAGGAUGUGUCGCCCUAUGAGGCCUACAAGAGAGGCAUGAUCGACAGGGAACAGUAUAUCCAGCUGCAAGAAUUAGAAUGUGAUUGGGAAGAAAUCACAACUCUGGGACCCAAGGGAGAUGUUUCUGUCCUACUUGACAAGAAGAGUGGAAAACAGUACUCUAUUGAUGAUGCCCUGAGGUUUAGAAGAAUUACAAAAGAGGAGUAUCAGCUCUAUAAGGAAGGCAGGAUUCCUAUUUCUGAAUUUGCUCUGCUGGUAGCAGGUGAAACGAAGCAGAACGCCUCCCUCUCUAUUGGCUCAAUCAUCUCCAAAUCUCCAGCUACAUCACCUGCCUUCCAAAAAAAGCAGAGCUUCUUCCCUCCAACACAGAUGGCCUUCUGUGAUGAUACUUUCCCCAUUGCUGGAGUGUAUGACACCACCUCUGACAAUAAAUACAACAUCAAAUCUGCACUUAACAAGAGGCUGGUGGAUCCAAUGACAGCUCAAAAACUUCUGGAGGCCCAAGCUGCUACUGGAGGGAUCGUUGAUCUUGUCUCACGGGAUCGCUACUCAGUCCACAAAGCCAUCGACAGAGGGCUCAUUGACAAUACAUACACGCAGAGGUUGCUGAAUGCUCAGAAGGCUUUCACUGGGAUUGAAGAUCCUGUCACUAAGAGAAGGCUGCCUGUAGGAGAGGCCGUUCAGAAAGGGUGGAUUACGAAGGACAAUGCCUUUCCUUAUUUGCAGGUUCAGCACCUGACUGGAGGACUAAUAGAUCCCAAGAAAACUGGCCGUAUCCCAGUGUCAGAGGCUGUUCAGAUAGGCAUGCUUAGCAGUGACCUGGCCAUGAUGCUGCAAGAUGAAUCCAACUAUGAAAAGGAUCUUGUUGACCCUAUCAGCAAAGAAAAAAUUAAUUAUAAGGAAGCUAUGGCUCGUUGCCAAAAAGAUCCUCUAAGUGGGUUACUUCUCCUCCCAGCCACCUCUGAUGGAUACCAGUCAUAUCAAGCAGCCAGCCGUUCACCCACUUUGCCUCGCUUCGGACACUGAAAACAGCACCAUGGUCUCUAGUUUGCUGGUAGCCUUCAAUGCUUUAAAUUUGCACUUCACACAUUGGAGAGCAGCUCUAUUGGUUCCCACCCCUUAGACCAUGUUAGCUCUGACUGAAGGGAAUUGCAUUCCCAAACAUCUGGAGGGCAUCAGGUAGGAGAGAUCUGUUUCAAGCCCUCAGUAGAGCUCACAUACUCUGUUAGCACUGGACAGAAUUCCUGGCAGUUAAAGCAAAUUCUGUGUUAGUCUGAAUAGCUAAUCUUAGUUUAUUAUACCAAGGCAGCAAUGUGUCUUAAAGAUGUAUUUCUGAUGGUAAAAGGGUUCUAAUGCAGGAAUAAAUGUUUACUGUAGGGAAACAAAGUGGAUUUAUAAAUUUAACCAGUAUGCUUGGUAACUGUGUCUCCUUGCAAUUUUGAAAGGAUGUGCAUCAAAGUGCUUUGAUUUAAGAUUGUUGUCAUGUAUGCAAUAAAAAAUAGAAUUAAAAAGA